AUGAAACGAGCUCUGCUUAGAAAUGUCUCUGUCUACGCGCGUUCUCGUCUUCUCCCUCCUCCUUACAAUCCUGGCCCUCCAUCCCAACUUGCUCCUCUCGCUGAUUCGACUCGGCCCAGAAUCAGCUUUUACUCGACCCAGUCUUCAUCACACAACCAAGAGGUUUGCAAUGCUGCAGUGGAUGAUGUCAGUAACAAAGAGCUGAAAGUGCGGAUAGGUAAAUACUUUAAGAGUGAUAAGGAGGCACUCCCAUCGAUUCUCAAAAUGAUUCUGCAGAGGAGUUUGGCUGGGAAGCAUGAGGAAACAGAUCAUGAUCUGAAAAUGCAACCGGUGGAUGGUGUUAAGGACCAAGAGUUUGAAUCGGACUUUGAGGAAAUGCAUGACACGGAUGAAGAGAUUGAUAACUUGUAUAACGCAAGGGAUGUAGUCAUGAACAGGAUAGUAAAAGAUGAGUACUUCAACAUGGAUGACAAGAAGUGGGAUGGCAUUGUUGGGGAUGCAGUUAAGCAUGGGAUUAUGAAGGAUGAAAGGGUGUGA